AAAGACACGUGGUAUAGUGGUUAGGAUUUCACAUCCACGCUCAUAAGCUCGUAUUUUCGAUUUCCAAACCGGCAGUGACUUGUGUUCGUGAGCAAAACAUUUCAUUUCACGUUGCUUCAGUUCACUCAGCUGCACAGCUGUAAAUUGGCAAACUUGUGAUUGAUUGGUGCUCCAUUCAGGCGAAAUGUUGGCCAGCCUGCCAAGCUAAAAUAGUGGUAUCAUUUGAAAAUUAAUACACAACUAAUCGCAUUGUGACCAGCGCUAUCUAGCAAUAUCCGAGACUCUGGUCGAUACCGUGAUAUAUAUAUAUAUAUACGCGCAUGCUGAAAAAACUUUGAUAAAAAACUUUCGAACAAAGAUGUCACAGAAAAAGGAAUAUGAUCUUGAUGGUCUCUGUGUUGAUUUGAAACAAUUUGGUAAAUAUCAAAUUCUUCAAACAUUACUAAUAAUGUGGCCUGCGAUGGUGGAAAGUUUUUCUUUGCUACAAAUCGUCUUCCUGGGUUACACUCCAGAUCAUCAAUGCAAGGAUCUCUCGGAGGAACAGCUGUCCAUAUACAACGUGACGUCAUACGAUGACAUCAGUUAUGAGAAGUGUCACAUUAACAUAUUUCGUGGCUUGAAAAAUAUUACAGAUGAGCUCUCCUGUAUUAAUGGACACAACUACUCAGCAAAUAAAGAUAUCUCUUAUGUGAUAGAGUGGAACCUGGUUUGUGACAAAGACGGCUUGGCGGAAUUAACACAAUCUUUAUUUACUGCAGGCCAAGGAGCUGGUGCUUUGAUAUUUACGGCUCUUGCAGAUAAAAUAGGUCGGAAACCAGUUCAUGUUGGCUCUGCAUUUUUGCUCUUUCUAUGUGUGUCAGGAAGUGCACUCUCCCCAAACAUAUGGGUCUUCGCAGCGAUUCGAGUUUUAAGUGGAGCUUUUCAACAGGGUAUCGUUAUUCCUGGUUUUACCAUGAUAUUGGAGAUGUUUCCUGCUGACAAACGGACACUAGUUUCAUGCACACUGGGGGUUUGGUGGAGUAUAUGUGUUAUGAUCCUAGCGUUGGUUGCCUAUGUCAUGAGACAUUCAGAAUGGAGAUGGCUCUGUGCCGUUUUUGGGAUUCCCGGGAUCAUAUGUAUAUUUCAAUUUUGGUACUUAAGAGAAGCUUUCGAUGGUUGUUCGCAAAAGGGAAAUUGUAGAAGCCGAAAGAAUUGUGAAACGCGCAGCAAAACUUAACGGAGUCGUUU